AUGUCAUAUAAAACCCUAUCAAGACUACCUCCUCACAUACGGCAUUUGUUUAAAGAGUACAAAAAAGCCUCAGAAAGACUUACAGACAUUCGUGGUACUGCCAAAAAUUUCAUACAGAAAAGUGCACCGCUGUAUCAGACUUUCACCAGAAGGAAGCUAGUUUCAAAUGAACACAACGGGGAACCGAUUUUUAAUCCUAAAGAUUUUACUAGGGUAGAAGCUGAUAUACUUAAAAACAUUUUCGACAAUCCGCUCAAUCUAGAGGCUGAGGCAGAUGAAUUCUUGAACAAGAGGAUUGAACUAUUAUACGGCAAUCCAACGUCAGAAGACCACCAGACAACCUUAAUCAGCACAAGAGGAGAUGAUCGCAAAGCCAUGAGUGCUUAUCACUCGCGCAUAGCUUCCAACUUUGCAUCAUAUUACUCGCCUCUCGAGGCUCCAUUUUCGUUCUCCAAAUCACUCAUUUGGUACCGGCGGCUUCUCGCAAAUACGCCAAUUAUCUUUUUUUUUAAACAAAAGCAACAUCUCUUCUCAGAAGCCAGUUUGAUCCAGUACAAUUUCGCGGAGCAUACUCUACGAGAAAACGUCCGCCAACUAAAGAAAAAGUAUUUCCAGGAUGAUUCUCUUGAUAAAAGAGUGAGAAACUAUUAUAUUUCUGACCUAGUUACGACGGAUGUUCUUUCGCUAGCCAUCAAUUCUGAGAAUUUGAAAACGCUUCCUGAGGAAUGCUAUGGGUCCCGAGAUUUCUGGAAACUGUUGGAGUCAUCCGACGAGCUCAUCGAAUAUAUCCGCCGCCAGCGAAUAAGUUUAUUCGACAGAGAAUUGUCAUUUGAACCUCCAGAAGAGAGCAAAAAUUCUUCUGCGGGCAAGACCAAUAAAACUAUUGGUGAAGGCCCCAACUCGAAAAAAGAUAUUGAGUACAAUGACUAUUUCAUUCUUACAAUUGAAGAGGCCGUUAUACGCGAUGAUCACAGCCCACUUCUUGAUGUUAUUGCUAACAUGAAUGAUAUAGAGUUGUGCGCUGUCCGAAUUAACCACACCAAAGCCGCGACUGAAGAAGUGAUACACGCAGAUAAGAACAAGCCAAAAAGCAGCUACGAGCGACUUUUGGGCUCAGCGGCGGAUGGAGGCAUAGACAGGAUGCCGCUUGAACAGUUAUACAAACGACUCGGAGAGUGGGGUUUUACAACAGUUAAGGCGAACAAUGGACGCUCAGCUUGGUAUUUGUUCAAAGACUCCAAAAUUGAGGCUGAAAUUCGUCACCAAUAA